CGGGCUCCUGGCGGGCACUUGCCGGGCAGCCCCCGCUGCCCGCCCCUACGGAGCCGCCGCCGAGGGACGCGCACUGAGCCCGCCGCCGGCCAGGGCCACCGCCGGGGAGCGACCUGUCAGGGCACCUCGCGGGCCGGCCCCAGGAGCCCUUCCCACGCGUUGGUUUGUCCCUGGGAGAAGGCGAGUUGGGAGCCUCUCCAUGCCUUAUCAAGUUCCUUAUCUGAGCGGCUCCCAGAAGCUGUAGACCAGUUCAGCUUUAUCUGGUGUAGGGGAGAAAAACAGUGUAGCUCUCGCUCUCCGUCGUAAAUCGAGGACCACGUAUUCUGCUGGGGUUUAACACACGAAGAUGGUGAAAUGCGGAUUGCUGGGUGAAUCAAUAGGUCCCUGUUGUGGAGCGAGGCUUUGUAUUCAUCUUCCAGCUCCUGAUCUGUGCCGUGCGUGAGAGGACGCUAAUCUUCCUCCUUCAUCCCUCUUCCCUAAACCUUUCCUUGCUUCCAUGUUGCAUUGGUCAGACUUUUGGUCAGUGUUGUUUACGGAAGGGGAGGGGGGAAAGAAGGCAGUUGAGGUUACAAACAAAAGUACUUGUAUGACUCAUCUACUUGGAUUUAAGACAUUGUAUCCUUCUUUCACGGGGCCUUUGCUUCUCUCGGAAGGAAUCAGAUGCUUAUUCACUAUUCUUCCAGAGGAGGAUGAAUUGAAAGUUGUACGUUUUAGAUUUAUUUUGGGCCACUGCUGAUAUUAUUAAAAGACAUAAUGGGACUUUUUCCCUGGAUUGUUGCCAGAAUUAGUUUACACACUGAAACGAUGAGUUGUUAGGCCUCUCAUAUGAUAAUAUUUGCCCUGCUUUAAGUUGCUGUGGAGGUGUUUUAAAAAUUGUGGAGGACAGUCUGCAUCAGAAGAGGCUCUCUUCAUCUCUGGUUGUGUGGCAACCACAAUCUGUCCUCGAUGCCUUCAGCCUUGGCCAUCUUCACUUGCCGCCCGAACUCCCACCCGUUUCAGGAGCGUCAUGUCUACCUGGACGAGCCUGUCAAGAUCGGCCGCUCCGUGGCUCGCUGCCGGCCAGCCCAGAACAAUGCCACGUUUGACUGCAAGGUGCUGUCCAGGAACCAUGCUCUUGUCUGGUUUGAUCACAAGACGGGCAAGUUCUAUCUUCAAGACACUAAAAGUAGUAAUGGUACCUUCAUUAAUAGUCAGAGACUGAGUAGAGGAUCUGAGGAAAGCCCACCAUGUGAAAUUAUGUCAGGUGACAUCAUCCAGUUUGGUGUAGAUGUGACGGAGAACACGCGGAAAGGUAAGGUUACCCAUGGAUGUAUAGUCUCCACAAUCAAACUGUUUCUUCCAGAUGGAAUGGAAGCUCGAUUGCGAUCAGAUGUUAUCCAUGCUCCAUUACCAAGUCCUGUUGACAAGGUUGCUGCUAACACUCCCAGUAUGUAUUCUCAGGAAUUGUUUCAGCUUUCACAGUAUCUACAAGAAGCCUUACAUCGGGAACAAAUGUUGGAACAGAAGCUGGCAACCCUUCAGCGACUACUUGCUGUCACACAAGAGGCUUCAGAUACUAGUUGGCAGGCUUUAAUAGAUGAAGACAGGCUGCUAUCAAGACUAGAGGUUAUGGGAAAUCAAUUACAGGCUUGUUCAAAGAAUCAAACAGAAGACAGUAUACGAAAAGAGCUUAUAGCAUUACAGGAAGACAAACACAACUAUGAGACAACAGCCAAAGAGUCCCUGAGGCGGGUCCUUCAGGAGAAAAUUGAAGUGGUCAGAAAAUUGUCUGAAGUGGAGCGGAGUUUAAGUAAUACAGAAGAUGAAUGUACACAUCUGAAAGAAAUGAAUGAGCGGACUCAGGAAGAAUUAAGGGAAUUAGCUAAUAAGUACAAUGGAGCUGUAAAUGAAAUUAAAGAUCUUUCUGACAAGCUAAAGGUAGCCGAAGGAAGACAAGAAGAAAUCCAGCAAAAAGGACUGGCUGAGAAAAAGGAAUUGCAGCAUAAAAUAGAUGAAAUGGAAGAAAGAGAGCAAGAGCUUCAGGCAAAAAUAGAAGCUUUGCAGGCUGAUAAUGACUUCACCAAUGAGCGGCUGACUGCUUUACAAGUACGGUUAGAACACCUUCAAGAGAAAACUCUUAAAGAACACAACAGCUUAGGCAUACAAGUUGACGACUUCAUACCUAAAAUUAAUGGGAGCACAGAGAAAGAGCACUUUCUUUCAAAGAGUGGAGGGGACUGCACUUUUAUUCAUCAGUUCAUAGAAUGUCAGAACAAGAUCAUAGAUGAAGGACAUCUAACCAAAGUGGAAGAAACAAAGCUUUUGAAAGAGAACCAAGCACGAGUCAAAGAAUCGAACGAUUUGUCUGACACCCUUAGCCCAAGCAAGGAAAAGAGCAGUGACGACACUACAGAUGCUCAAAUGGAUGACCAAGAUCUAAAUGAACCUAUCGUCAAAGUAGCUCUUCUAAAAGAUGAAUUGCAGGGUGCACAAUCAGAGUCUGGGGCUAAGCAAGAAAUUCAGCAACUGCACAAGGAUCUGAUUGAAGCCCAAGAGCUAGCUAGGACAAGUAAACAAAAAUGCUUUGAACUUCAAGCUCUCUUGGAAGAAGAGAGAAAAGCAUAUCGAGUGCAAGUUGAAGAAUCCAGCAAGCAAAUAAAUGCUCUGCAAGCUCAGUUGCGAAGGUUACAAGAAGAAAUUGAGACUCUUCGCAAGGAAAAGGAGAAUGAAAUUUCAAGCACUCGAAAUGAACUAGUCAGUGCUCAAAAUGAGAUUCUGUCACUUCAAAAAGUAGCAGAAAAAGCAGCAUCAGAACGAGACACGGAUAUUUCUGCAUUGCAAACCGAGCUGCAGACGGUGCGAGCGGAGCUCGAACGGUGGAGGAAAGAUGCCUCGGAUUAUGAAAAAGAAGUUGUCAAUCUGAAAGCCAGUUUUCAGCUCAAGUGCCAGCAGUGUGAGCAGCAGCAGCAGGAGGAGGCCUCUCGCCUAAAAGCUGAACUUGAAAAGUUGAAGGCAGAGUGGAUUGCUCUGGAAGCUGAAUGUGUUAAACUGAGGAAGGAAAAUACUUCACUUGCAUCUGAACUUCAGCGACAAGAGAAGGAGCUUUCUAGCUCUCAGAAACAGAGUUUAGCACUAACCAGCGAUAUAAGUGUUCUUGAAAUGUCUCGAAAGGAACUUGAAAAUCAGAUGGGAUCUUUGAGAGAAAAACAUCAACGGGAUGCAGCCAGUCUAAAAACACAACUCAGUGAAGCUGAGAGUCAAGCAAAAGAUUUUCAGAAAGAGUAUGAAAGAACACAGACUGUGCUCUCUGAGCUGAAGGCAAAGUAUGAGGUGGCUGAACAGCAAAACCAGUCACUCACUGAGGAGCUCAAACAGUGUAAAGAAAACCUGAAGCUGCUACAAGAAAAAGGAAACAAUAGACAAUGGCCUUGGAUGCCUGUGAUGGCAGCUUUGGUUGCUGUAACAGCCGUGGUGCUGUACCCAGGCCUAACCAGAGCUUCUCCAUGAGAACUGUUGUUGAAUCCAUACACCGUCCUCCCUUUAGAAGCUGGCAACAUUCAUAUACUGAGGGAAAACAGAUUAAUUCUCUUCCUUUUUACCUCUUAAUACAGCACAGCUCUGCGUGAGCACAGCAGUAGGGUCAUUUGCUUUAAAUUGUAUAAAAUGUAUCUGUCUAUAAAGAGGGAAUAAAAUUGUGAUUCAUCAUACUGUGAGCAAUAUUUUUGCUUACAACUUCAUGCAAGUUUUAAAUUAGUGUGUUGGGAUUCUGAAUACUAUAAUGGUGGCCUAAAGCAGGCUUCUUGGUACCAAAUUAUUUAUAAUGGCUAGGGUUGUGGACACUGACUUUUAGAAUCUGAUUGCUAGACUUAAGAGGAAAAUACUGGUUUGGACAUCCAAGCCAAGUAACCUUGCAGAUACUUGGGAAACAGAUGCAGUGUGCUCAGUGCCUUUCAGUAUGAUCUAUUUUUUUUUAAACUAAUGUAUCAUUUUACUUGCUGUUAGUCACUGAGCUGUUGGGAACAAGACUUAAGAAAACUUCUCUUACCACGCCUUUCGAAGGAAGCAUAUUUUUCUUUCACAAGGAUUGCUUUAUUAAUGGGUUUUGGGAAUAAACACAAUUCAUGUCCAGCCUUAAAGAGAUAGAGAUACUGAUGGUGAAGACCAGCCUAAAGUAUUUAGCGUGCGCGUGUGCGAGUGUAAGCAUGUGUGUGUUCUAGAGUGAACUGAGGUGUUUCUGGGAGCAAGUACUUGGUCAUUUGAUGGACAUAGUGCAUUGAUUCAACUUACGUUAACUUUAGUUUGAAUGUAAUUUAUUAAAUUUCAUAUAUUUAAAGAGAUACGUUCUUUAAAAGUAUGAAGUCCUUCUCACAUAUCACAUCUAUCAGUUUAUUUUUUCAGUCAUUUGAUACUUUCUUACUUGAGCUGGAGAAGCUCUUUAGAAUAAGCUUUUGUGGACGUAACUUUAUUAAGAGAACUGCUACAGUACGUCUGUGAUCAGCUGAGAAAAAUCUAGAUACAUAAAAUACUACAAAAUUGGAAUCAUACCUGAUGAAGUGUUGUCAGGUGAAGAUGAUUUUAAUUUGGUAGUAAAAUUUUGUGUCUCCUUAUCACAUGGCUGUAAGUAUGAUGCAGUGGUCCCCAUUACAAAGUUUAUUUUCCUUAUAUAAGUACUAUAACUAUUGCUAUUUGCCGACUUUUGGUGGGAAUCACUGUAGUUAGUGCUGAAUUAAAUGUAGACAGUAGUUGUCUUGUUCAGCUCAACAGUUCUGUCAAAAAAGUUUUCAAUAAACUUAAUAUGUUAAAGAAUGGUAAUGUAAAAUGGCUCUGCUACAGGAAACUUCAAGAGGGAGGUAAUCUCAGCAAUUCAAUUGGCUUUAAGGAACGUUAUGGCAAUUGAAAGUUUAAAUAUUUAAAUAGAAAUUUAGUAAAUAUAUUACUUUGUGAGGUUUUAAGGGUCAUUGUCCUUUAAUUAAAGGUUCUAUCUUAAGUUACAUGGGAUUUGCUAAUGGGAGGAUUAUUAGUUGGAGAAAAUAGUCCACAAGUGACUUGUAGAAAAUAACUAUUGUCAUUUAGUUCAUUCAUUUCAUCCUUUUCAUCCUUUUCAGUUGCAGGAAGCCACCCAACCACAGAACACUCAUAUGCCAGUGGUACUUAGUACCUCUUGUAUAUAGGUUAUUGCAAAUAUUGUUCUGAAAUGCUUAACUUCAGAAUUACAUUUUUUUAAGUAAUUAAUUGUUUUAAAUCUAUUUUGUAAAGAUAUAAAAAUACAAUAGAAUUUCUGGAGUACAGAUUAAACUAUUUGCACUAACACACGUGAUGUGCAUGAUUUAAUAAAAUAACUUUACUCUCCCUAUGCAUGUUUGAGUUGAAUGUCAUUUGAAAACAAGAGAUUCAUGCUAAAUUUCUUUUGCACUAGAUAUUGCCACAAUUACUAGGCACAAUGUCUGCAGCAUGUCCAGUAAGAGCAGAAGCCUUUUUUUUUACCUUUUAUUUCACAUUUGUGCUGGUUUCAGUUUUGGUCUAACUGAUCCCUCUGUGUGGUUUGCAGAAGGAAGUGGGGUAGGAGAGAGUCAUGGAAGGCUUGGGAGAGUAUUGCCAUGGAGGAGGAGCAGGUGUUCUGAGCUGCAGGAUGGAUGUGCCCAUGGCAGGGGUGGUGAGACGGGAGGAGCAGUGCCUGCAGGUCCUGGGCUAUAGAGGAGAGCCCUGCUGGGGGAAGGGAGCCUGAUGCUGCCUCCUCACCUCUUCAGCAUCUCAAACUCCCUGUUUGUCCCUCUUUCAGCUACUGUUUGCCUUGCAGUGGAUUCCCUUCCCUCCUCCCUGCUGGUAGCCUGCGGAGGUGGUGUCAGGAGAUGGAGCCUGGUGGGGCUGGGGGUCCCUCCCUGCUGGCAGCAGGGAAGAUGCCACGUUCCCUGGGGGCAGCUGCAGGACCCUGCACCACACCAGUUCUGCCUGGGGCUUAAUUUUGCCCUUGUAUUAAAGACAAAUAUUCUGUUUUCAGAAAUCUUUAGCGCAUCAGAGAGCUGCAGGCUGAGGUCCAACGUGGUGGUAUUAAAGGAGAAGUAUUUCUAAUUUCAUUACGUGCAUGUGCACAUUUUUAUAUACACAGGUGCAUAGUACACAUUGCAUGGGGGUUUGGCUCCCUAAUACAGUGCCUUUUCCAGGAGUUCUUGACAUUUGCAUGUUCGAAAUGAUGAGGAAUGAGCUAAAAUGCACAGUUCACUCUUCUGUUGUGAGAAUUCCUGGAGAAGGGUUGGGUAACUGGGAAGCUGCUGUUCUUCAGUGCUUCGAUACUAGAACACCAAGUGGAGUUAUUUUGCAAGGACUCCCUGCACAAACCUUUCUGGGUUUUAUUGCUUUUUUUUUUAAUGGCAAACAUGUGUGCUCUUUUACAUUCAUGUUUAGGUUCUUGCUUUUGUGAGUCUUCAUUAGCUGAGCCUUGGACUUACUAUACCAAGCAGCUUUUCACACGUGUGAGAUGCUCCACUUGUAAAACAAGUGCUCCGAGCUUGCACUGAAGUUUGAGGUUUUAAAAACGUUCCUCAUAGUAGCAAAGUUAGGCAGAGAGUUAUUUUAUCAGUUGCUAGUUCAAUUUGGAAGAUUUAGUAUAAGUCUUAGAAUAUCUGAACACUUCUUCAGAUUUGUCCUGGUGUCUUGAGUGAGGCAACUUUUUUAAGUUCUAAAAGAAUUUACCUAUGUGGGGACUACAAUAGCAGCCUUUUAUUUAAAAAUAUAAAACAUGUGCAAAAUACAGUGUGAUUUUCCUGCUCCUUGUAGCUGAAUUAAAGGCAUUCUUCCAGAGUCUUUGCCUCAUCCUUUUUGCAGAAUGUCUGGAUUUUUUGGUGCUAAAUGGAGAAUUAUGAGCCUGCACAAUAUAUUGCGAAAGUUCUCAUUAAACAGUGAGAAUUAGUAUCAGAUGACUGAUAGCUGAAGCAAAGGUAGUCAAUCACCUGUGCAUGUAUUUUUGGGGUAUAUCCCUAAGUUAUUUUUCUAAUCAAGUCUUCUGAAGUAUGUUAGCUGUUCCAGUUUUCUGUGUGCUUUAUGUAAGAUUUUGAAUGUCUCCUGCCUUAAUCCAUAGGAUUCUGCCACUUGCAAGAAUCGUUUCUUCAGCUUGAAUCUUUUUUCCAUGACAAAUCCACUGCCAAAUUCAUUCUACCAGCAGCAUCUGAGUGCUUUAAAACACCAGGUCACCACUAUGGCUUUUGGGAAGCCACUGUCCUCUGCACUGGCUCUGCAAGUGGGGCUGGCCGGGUUUCACCAGAGGCCUUUUCUCCCCUCUGGCUAUUCAUCCACCAUUAGUGUUUCAUUAACAACUGUCUCAAUAUUUUGAGUCUCCAUUAAUAAUAGCAACUGAUCAUAUAAAAGAAUUAGAAGCCAUAUUCUUUCCUUCUCUCUUGCAUAUACCUCUGGGUCUGUUUGAAGGAUGAUUGUUUCCUGCAAACAGCUGCAUUGAAUUCCCCAGGUCCAGCUGAAAUGCUCAUCCCAGUCCCUCUUUGCACAUGCUUAUGAACACAGAAUUCCUCUUUCUUCUCUGGUGGGGAAUUGGGCUGCAGUAUAAGGGAUUCUUUUAUGGCUUUCCUGGGUUUUUACUUUGUACCAGCUUGUUGACAGUGAGCAGAGGUUUGUCCAACAGAGGCAAGUUCUUCUGCUUGGAGGAGAGGGGCUGCCGCCAUUCCUGCUUAAAAGCUGGAUGCUACCAGUGUCUGACUAAAGACUCCCAGCAGUAGAAAGUAAAUCAGCAAUCCAAACACAGGUUUUGAUGGGAAGGGGCAUUACAGGCUCAAGUUCCCAUUUCUAAAGGUAAGGGGAACUCAUCACUAAUCUGGAUAUCAUAAAACUUCUGUCUGAUUUCAUAAGCAGCAGCAGAAUGCCAAGAAGUUCAGCAUUUGGUAGUAAAAAAGAAUUCUUGCUUUAAGAACUUCAGAUAAAAUAUCUGUCACCUCUAUAGGUAAGAUACGUGAGCAACUACUGUUCCCUCCAAAAAAAUCCCAAACUAAUCCCCAACCAUGUGUUUGAGUUCAUCUUGCUUUGGCUUCCAAAAAUUGAACUUCAAUACAUCUCUCUUGGAGGGUGUCCUUUUGCUGCAAAUAUUGUCCUGAUCCAGGGAUUUGAAAUACCAUGAUAAUACCUUCCAAUCUUACUUCAUAUGAAUGGAUAGAAUUUUUAAAUUCUUUUCUUCAUCCCUCUAGUUUUUGUUGUCAGCUUUUUAAACAGUUUUUGAUUUUCCAGCUGUUCUCUUUUGAAGAGUAGAUGCCAGAAUAGAACUUGUCCUUACAGUUAUUACUUUACUAAGAUCAUAUGACAAUAAGCUUUAUAUCCUGCUCCUGGUAUUCUUGUUUGAUUGUCUACCAGAAUUUUCUGGGGGGGAUUCACUGAUUUCUAGCUUCUAGAUUUUAUCACUGCACUCCUCACAUCACCCCAGUAUGAGGUGCACCCUGUGGCAUCUGACUUUGCAAUAUUGUUUGGUAAAAACCACUGUAGGCAGCAGGCCCAAGCAGCAGCCUGUUCCCAUGACUGUUCAGCACAGCACUGAGGGGUUUUUUCCCUUCAGGUUUUAUUGGGAUGACUCGAAGCUUUUUUCUAGGCUAGUGAUCAUACACUGUUGAACAGCAGUGAGAGAAAAACUGAUCCCUGAAGCACAAUAGGGAGAAUAUUCAUAGAAUAAUUCCUUCACUUAGUUUUUACAAACUGACAGCUGUUCUGUAACCUGCAUUAUUAGUUAACGGUGAUAGUCGUGUAGCCAUCACUUUUUAUUGGAAUGUCAUGAUUUACAGAAGUCUUGGUUUAGUAACACUAAUAAACCCGUUUUUUAAAAAGCUUUGAAAAGGGGAAUUUUAUUUUCUAAAUGCUUUGACAGAUACUAAUUAUUCUGCAUUCUUGAAUUUUUUGCUGACUGCUUCCCAUAGAUUGUUCUAUGAUUUGCCUGCAUCUUAGAGUGAAGCAAAGCCAGUCCUUUUCUGAGGAUCAGCCAUUUUACUCUCUUCCCUCAGCCCCAUCAUGUUGUUUGCACAUUACUGACACUUCCCUCUCCAAGCAUUUCAAAUUUGAGGUUGUUCACGUGGCUGAGUUUCUCAGUGUGCUCAGUGAGCAUCAUUCCCAGAGCUGGUUGUGGCUCAGCUCCAAGGCACCGAGGGGUAUGGAUGUGUGUCCGUGCUGUUCUGGGAUUGUGCUUGCAUGUGGUGGACCAGGACGUGGUCACUGGUGUUUAACAGCCAUGAGAGAGAGUGGGGAUGUAAUUGAGAUUCUUGGGUAAAUGGUUCUCAGCUGUGGGAAUGGAGGUGUUGGCAGGGAGAGGUAAUUCCUGUGUUAUGUCAGGUGAGACAUUGAAAAUGUCAAUGUGCUGCCAAAGUGUGUCAUCCCUUCAUCGUGUCUGAUGAACAAAUCCAAAGCCUGGUUUAAACUAAAAGCAAUGUUUUAUUACCUGAUCAUAUUAGUCAGUAAAUUGAGACAAAGGAGUGAAGUCAUCAAUUCAUUCUGUUCUAUUGGAAUAAAAUGUAACCAAAAGCUUACCUGUAUUUAUUUCAGUACCCAUUGUUGGGACAUGGAUUUGUUUUUUUAGAAACACCGCACACACACUAUGGUAAAGUAUUGCCUUCAGUAUGGAAUGAAUUUGCUAUUUUAAUCUUUUCAUGCUAGAUCAUUUAUGAAGUUUAUAUUCUAUUUAUAUUUCUUGUAAGGAGUUCUUGCUCUGGAAAAUAAUUUUAUUGAGUAUGUCAUCAGUUUUGAUGUGACAAAACUACUUCUUGUCUUGAAUACAGUGGCUCUUACUUUAAAAAUGUUCCAAAUAUGCAAUAUGUCUUUUGGGAUGAAUAAAUGGUAAAAAUUAUAAGAAUAAAUUUACAUCACAACAGAAAGCUGAUUUGUAUUGUACAUAGUCUUUCCUUCAGCCUAACUCCUAAUUUCAGCACUCCACAACUUCUGAACCUGCUACAUUCU